AUGCUUCUCCGUGAACACGAAGCCGGGCGCCUCUCAGUCCCGAUCCCGGUCGAAACACGCCGACGGAUGUAUCGCGACCUGCAAACUCGAAUCCUCCAAGCACCCCCGUUCAAUAAUACCGCCGCACUGGUAGCGACGCACCACUGCAUGCACCUGCUAGUCUCGUACAUCCGAUAUACAAUGGCGCCGGAGGCAGAAAUAGACGACUCGUGGAUCAGCUCUCUCCUCACGGUAUCCCCUUUCACUCGGAUCGUCGAGUUUUUCUCCGCCGAGAUCGGUGAUGGAGGCAACCAGCGCAUGCAGCGGAAAGACUUUAUGUAUAAUUUCUACCGCGACACGACGGCCUAUGAGAAAGAUCGCAUGAACUCGGUGAUCUUUGGUCGAUCGUCGCAGCGCAAUUCGCAUAGUUCGGUGCGAGACUUGUGGUUUGAUGCUGCAUCGAGAGAAUUGGAAACUCGACACGCGAUGCCGCAUGAUGUAGAGAUUGGUUGGACUUGGAAUGGUAUUCCGAUUUUGUUUGGAUGUCACGAUUGUAGGUCGACUUCGGGUUGGCGGGCAUGA